GCACUCACGCUUGCGCUAAAGUCUAAGGGAGAAGAAAUGUACCCUGUUGUUGUGAAAGGAAAAGGGAAACAUGUCCCAGGUCUAUUAGUUAUUGAUACCCCUCGACAUCAGCCAUUCACUAACUUAAGGUCUUGGGGCUCAGGUUUGUGUGACAUUGCAAUUUUGGUCGUUGACAUAAUGUGUGGUUUAGAAUCACAGACCAUUGAAUCAAUCAAUCUUUUGAAAAUGAGGGAUACAGAAUUUAUUGUCGUGGUGAAUAAGUGGACUCAGAAGACUAUGGUUGAGAGACUUACUUAUAGUAAUGAAAUACAG